GUGCCAUAGCCGGUGUCAAUUUUAUCGACCGCCAUAGUUACUUUUGGACGUUUGAAUUACGGAGAAAUAUUCGAUAACUAUGGUGGACGAUAAGGCGACAGCAAAAGAUUUAGAAUCAUGGAUUGAGCAGUUAAUGGAAUGCAAACAGCUCAGCGAAGCUCAAGUGAAAACGCUCUGUGACAAGGCUAAAGAAAUUCUUAGCAAAGAAUCAAAUGUGCAAGAUGUGAAGUGUCCAGUCACAGUUUGUGGAGAUGUACAUGGCCAGUUUCAUGAUCUCAUGGAACUAUUUAAAAUAGGAGGAAGGUCUCCUGACACCAAUUACCUAUUCAUGGGUGACUAUGUUGAUAGAGGAUACUAUUCUGUCGAAACUGUAACCCUUUUAGUCACACUGAAGGUUCGUUUUCCUCAUAGAAUAACCAUUUUACGUGGAAACCAUGAAAGUCGUCAGAUCACCCAAGUAUAUGGAUUUUAUGAUGAAUGCCUCAGGAAAUAUGGGAAUGCAAAUGUUUGGAAGUAUUUCACAGAUUUAUUUGACUACCUUCCUCUGACUGCAUUAGUAGAUUCACAGAUAUUUUGCCUUCAUGGUGGUUUGUCACCUUCCAUUGACACACUGGAUCACAUUAGGGCUCUUGAUCGUAUCCAGGAAGUCCCUCAUGAGGGUCCAAUGUGUGACUUGUUAUGGAGUGACCCAGAUGAUAGGGGUGGUUGGGGUAUUUCACCACGUGGUGCUGGAUACACCUUUGGACAAGAUAUAUCAGAAACUUUUAAUCACACAAAUGGCCUGACUCUUAUUGCAAGAGCUCAUCAACUUGUUAUGGAGGGUUACAACUGGUGUCAUGAUAGGAAUGUAGUUACAAUAUUUAGUGCUCCAAACUACUGCUACAGAUGUGGAAAUCAAGCUGCAAUCAUGGAACUUGAUGAUGCACUGAAGUAUUCAUUCCUUCAGUUUGACCCAGCACCUAGACGAGGAGAGCCACAUGUCACUCGCAGAACACCUGACUACUUUUUGUGAUGAAAAAUUACUUUGAGACCUUGUAAACCUUUCAUGGCAUGUUGUCCUUUUUUGGGGUCCAAGUGGAUGCAUAUUUGGGGAUGCUUCCCAAGGGAACUUAUUGCUUUGGUGGCAAUUUUUUUUAAAGAAAUCCAUAUCAUUGUCUUUCAGGUUAUGUUAAUUUGUUUUAAACAUGACCUUUCCAGAUGUAAUCUCAUCAUAACUUGUAAAUGCUAUGGAGGGUUAUUCUAACUAAGGAUCAAGUCAGCUUUACUUUAAUGUCAUGGCAAAUAUACUUUGUAUAUUGUAAGAAAAUCAAUUAUCGUGCAGCAUACAAGAACAUCAGUAUUUUUAAGAGGCCAUGAUGUUUGGGUGCAAUCAGGAAAACUGGCUCUAAUGCACAAAUUCAAGUCUUGCUGGUAAAUGUUCUGGAAAAAAAGUAAUUGAAAGGACAAAAUUGUCUUUUUGGUAUAAUUUUUCUGUGGAAGUCCCAUCUCAUAAUGCAAGAACUUUUUAGGAAAACCAUAUAAAAGAUUCAGAGUACUCAAAAAGAACAAGCCAGGCAAUGAAAGAUAACCUUUUUUUCCUUUUCUAUUUAUUAAGUUUACCAGUGAGCCUUGGCAUGAUGCACUCAGCCUACCUUCUGUGGUUGCCAUCUUAACAUAUCGAAUAUGACCACCAGAUUUCACUAUUUCAGCAAAUGUGUCACUUUUCUGAUUUCAAAUAUGCCCAAUCAGAAGAGGGAAAUCCAUGAUACUGUCCUUAGGACUGCUGCUUACACAGGGAUGCAUAUGUGGUAUGUCUUCCUCCCUCUUCUCUACAAAGGAGGUCAUCUCAUGGGCAGAGUGGGAUGUGUAACAACUGCUGGUCCUAAGAUUACGUUCAGAGGGCUAUUGUGAAACUGAUUCUUACAAAAUCAAAGUAAAGCCUUGAUUGCUCUUCAUGAUCUGAGUUUUGUUAACCUUUGGUAAGUCUAUGACUUCAGCAGUAAUGUCUUCUUGCUGUUGCUGGAUUUGUUCUCAGUGAUAAUUAAUUAAGGUUUCUUGUAGUCAUACUCUUGUCACAGGUUAACACUUCAUUUCUCCAGUAUGUAAGGAUGGUUAUCUAAAGUAAUUUGACCAAUGAAUGUAACUUUACACUGUCAAUAGUUAAAGAACAUAUCCUUAGUAGUGUAAUUUUAUUUUAGCCGAGAUUAUUAAAAUAUGGCAAGAGAUAAUUGCUUUUUUUUCUACCUA